AUGACAACAGCAGGACCCUCAUCAUUCUCCAGACAAUCUCCUCAUCCGCACCCUACCCAGUCACCUUACCAUCAACAUCAAUAUCGACAUCAUCCUUACGCCCCGCCAGCACCUCCUGCCAAUGGUGUCACCAAGAACAACAAUACCCCUUCAUCCUCCACCUCACAACACUAUGCUCGAUCAUCCCCUAAUGGCGGUGAAUUACCACCUUCCCCACCUAGAUCGAGGAGAGAUGCGAGUGAGACUCCCAGUAUAGGUUUGGGGGUCGCUUUUGGUGGGUCGGCAGGUGGGAAAUGGUGGGAUGAAGAAUUGCCGCCACCACCAGCAUCUUUAUCCAGUAUACUGGACUCGUUCCGAAAAUCAGGUGAAGGCGAUAGAGAGUUGUUAUUAUCUAUACUGGGAGCGAAGAAAGCAGAGGAAGAGCGACUCACUGCCCUGAUUCAAACUCGACUUACUGUCCUCCAAGCUCGUCUCUCCCUGCAUUCAGCUGCUGCUGCGUUACCACCUCAGAUGACUGUUCCUCCUCCCAGUGGAUCUCCCGCGCCACCUCCUCCCUCGCAGCUCGAUAGUGAUGGUCUCGUCGCUGUACACGUCGAACGUACACCUUCUCUUACUUCUUCGAGAGGUGCAGGAUCCACUUCAAGUGGAAUGCCAAGUCCGCCACUCCCCCAGCAGACGGGGUAUGUCCAACCUCCCCCACCAGCUGUAGGCCUCGGUGAGAAAGAGCCCUCACAGACAACUGGAGGAAGAGGAUAUUGGCAAUUACCUUCUUUGCAUUCUUCCCUUCGAGUACCUUCAUCUAGAUCACCCAAUUCACUUUCGCCCGGGGGAUUACCACUUGCUCCCAUACGGGAAGUACGAAUCGAUAAUUCCGAUAGAUCAAGGAGGAACGGCGGUUCGUUAUCACCUAAAUCUACGGGCAGCGAGGGCAAGAGAUCAUCCUCGGGCUUGGAAAUGUUGUUGGACGCUGGAAGGGUCGUCAAUGAAAGUGCUGAAAGAGAUCAGUGA